UAUCUUGUUGACUGCGAUGAAGUGAUCUUCAUGAAAGAAGGCUGCAUUACUGAGCGAGGAAGUCAUGAGGAGCUGAUGAAUUUAAAUGGAGACUAUGCAACUAUUUUUAAUAACCUACAGCUGGGAGAAACACCACAUAUCGAGAUCAAUAUAAAGAAGAACACAAACAGUUCACUGAAAAGACCCCAAGAUAAAAGUACCAAAACAGGGUCUGUGAAGAAGGAGAAAGUUGUAAAGAAGGAAGAGGGCCAGUUGGUCCAGUUGGAAGAGAAAGGCAAAGGCUCAGUCCCCUGGUCUGUUUACGGUAUCUACAUUCAGGCAGCUGGAGGCCCCUUCGCGUUCCUCGUCAUCAUGGCCCUGUUUGUGCUGAACGUGGGCAGUACAGCUUUUAGCAACUGGUGGCUGAGUUUUUGGAUCAAGCAAGGCAGUGGAAACACCAGCGUGACUUUGGGAAACGAUACUGUCAUAAGCAACAGUAUGAAAGACAAUCCUCACAUGCAUUACUAUGCUGGCAUCUAUGCGCUGUCUAUGGCAGUUAUGUUGAUCCUGAAAGCUGUUCGUGGUGUUGUCUUUGUAAAGGGAACUCUCAGAGCAUCCUCAAGGCUCCAUGAUGAACUCUUCCGACGGAUUCUGCGUAGCCCCAUGAAGUUCUUUGACACUACACCCACUGGUCGGAUUCUUAAUAGGUUUUCCAAAGACAUGGAUGAAGUUGAUGUUCGUUUGCCAUUUCAAGCAGAAAUGUUCAUCCAGAAUGUCAUCCUUGUGUUCUUUUGCGUGGGGAUGAUUUCUGGAGUUUUCCCCUGGUUCCUGGUUGCAGUGGGGCCCCUCAUUGUGCUGUUCACAGUUCUGCAUGUUGUGUCCAGAGUCUUUAUUCGAGAGCUCAAGCGUCUGGACAACAUCACACAGUCUCCUUUCCUGUCUCAUAUUACAUCUAGCAUCCAGGGUCUCUCCACAAUCCACGCCUACCACAAAGGACAGGAAUUUCUGCACAGGUAUCAGGAGCUCCUAGAUGACAAUCAGGCCCCGUUUUACCUGUUCAGCUGUGCGAUGCGCUGGCUUGCUGUACGGCUGGACGUUAUCAGCAUCGCUCUUAUCACAACCACUGGCCUCAUGAUUGUCCUGAUGCAUGGCCAGAUUGCUCCUGCCUAUGCUGGGCUGGCUAUCUCUUAUGCUGUGCAGUUAACAGGAUUAUUCCAAUUUACGGUCAGACUUGCUUCAGAGACAGAAGCUCGCUUUACCUCAGUGGAGAGGAUUGAUCACUACAUCAAGACACUUUCCCUGGAAGCUCCUGCUCGAAUUAAGAAUAAAACCCCUCCUCUGGACUGGCCACAGGAAGGUGAAGUUGUCUUUGAAAAUGCAGAGAUGCGGUACCGAGAGAACCUCCCUCUAGUACUUAAAAAAGUGUCCUUUACCAUCAAACCAAAGGAAAAGAUUGGCAUUGUGGGAAGGACAGGCUCAGGGAAGUCCUCCCUUGGAAUGGCACUCUUCCGUCUCGUUGAACUGUCUGGAGGCUGCAUUAAAAUCGAUGGAGUGAAAAUAAAUGAUAUUGGUUUGGCAGAUCUUCGCAGCAAACUCUCAAUAAUUCCUCAGGAACCUGUGCUGUUCAGUGGCACCGUGAGAUCAAACUUGGAUCCUUUCAAUCAGUACAGCGAGGAACAGAUCUGGGAUGCUUUGGAAAGGACUCACAUGAAGGAGUGUGUUGCCCAGCUGCCUAUGAAACUUGACUCAGAAGUGAUGGAAAAUGGGGAAAACUUUUCAGUUGGAGAGAGACAGUUACUGUGCAUAGCUAGAGCUUUAUUGCGUCGUUGCAAGAUUUUGAUACUGGAUGAAGCAACAGCUGCUAUGGACACGGAGACAGACUUACUGAUUCAGGAGACUAUCAGAGAGGCAUUUGCAGACUGCACUAUGUUAACAAUUGCUCAUCGCCUGCAUACGGUACUGGGCUCUGAUCGGAUCAUGGUGCUAACGCAAGGACAGGUAGUGGAAUUCGACACGCCGACUGCCCUUCUGGCCAAUGAGAACUCGCGCUUCUAUGCUAUGUUUGCUGCUGCGGAGAACAAGGCUGGGAGUUCCUUCUGCUUUCCUGAAGCCAGCACUGGCUCUGGCCUGGUCCAGCAGUGA